UGGAGGAAGGAAGGACGCUCUCUCUCUCUUUUUUAAGGGGAAAUCCUGCUACAAAAACUUACCGACGGUGGGUUUUAAACAUUUUUUAAGCGGCUGACAGCACCGUGUGGAGCCGGUUAGUAAAAAGAGGAUGGAGGCGGUGCCGAGGAUGCCGAUGAUCUGGCUGGAUCUGAAGGAGGCUGGGGACUUUCAGUUCAGCCCGGCCGUUAGACAGUUUAUCUUGAAGAACUACGGAGAAAAUCCAGACAACUACAACGAGCAGCUGAAGAAACUGGAGGCGCUGCGACAGGGUGCGGUGAAUGUGACGAGAGAUUUCGAAGGUUGCAGCACACUGAGGAAGUACUUUGGCCAGCUGCAUUACCUCCAGAGCCGCGUACCCAUGGGAACGGGCCAGGAGGCUGCCGUGCCCAUCUCAUGGACUGAGAUCUUCUCUGGAAAAACGGUCACCCAUGACGACAUCAGUUAUGAGCAAGCCUGCAUCCUCUAUAAUCUUGGCGCCCUGCACUCCAUGUUGGGAGCCAUGGAUAACAGAGUAUCUGAGGAGGGUAUGAAAGUAUCGUGCACACACUUCCAGUGCUCGGCCGGAGCGUUCUCCUACCUGAGAGAUCAUUUUAGUCAUAACUUCAGCGUGGACAUGAGCCACCAGAUCCUGAACCUCAACAUCAACCUUAUGCUGGGUCAGGCUCAGGAGUGUCUUCUGGAGAAAUCCAUGCUGGACAACAGGAAAAGCUUCCUGGUUGCUCGCAUCAGCGCUCAGGUGGUGGAUUACUAUAAAGAGGCCUGCAGGGCUCUGGAGAACUCGGAGACGGCCUCAAUGCUCGGAAAGAUUCAGAAGGACUGGAAGAAACUGGUUCAGAUGAAGAUCUACUACUUUGCUUCUAUCGCUCAUCUCCAUAUGGGAAAACAGGCCGAGGAGCAGCAGAAGUUUGGAGAGCGGUUGGCAUACCUCCAGAGCUCCCUGGACAAACUCAGUGAAGCCAUCAAACUGGCCAAGGGUCAACCUGACAGCGUGCAAGAGGCUUUGAAGUUCACCAUGGAUGUUAUCGGUGGAAAGUUUAAUUCUGCUAAAAAGGACAAUGACUUCAUCUAUCAUGAGACGGUUCCUUCUCUGGAAACUCUGGCCUCUGUCAAAGGUGCUCCACUGGUGAAAGCUCUGCCGGUCAACCCCACUGACCCGUCUGUCACUGGACCGGACCUGUUUGCCAAGCUGGUGCCCAUGGCCGCCCAUGAAGCCUCUUCUCUGUACAGUGAGGAGAAGGCGAAGCUGCUGAGAGACGUCAUGAUUAAGAUUGAAAGCAAGAAUGAAACACUAGAACAGUUCAUGGACUCUCUGGGUUUGGAGCCUGAGUCUGUAGACAACCUGGACAUGUACAGUCACAUCCCCCCGGUCCUGAUGGAGAAGUGUGCUGCCCUCAGCGUUCGACCCGACACUGUCAAGAGCCUCAUCCAGUCCAUGCAGGUGCUCUCAGGCGUCUUCACCGACGUGGAGUCCUCGCUGAAAGAGAUUAGAGACGUCCUCGAGUUAGACGAGGCCGGCGAACAAUCCCUCCAGGAAGUCUGCGGCCCUGCUGCAGGUGAGGUGCACCCAGCUGCGCAGUCCCAGGCUCUGGCCGAGAUCCGCAGGGACCUGGAGAAAUACAUGGAGGCCCACGAGAAGGCCAGUUUCACCAACACAGAGCUUCACCGAGCCAUGAACCUGCACAUCAGCAACCUGCGACUGCUGGGAGGGCCGCUGGAAAGUCUGAGGGAUGCUUUGCCUCGGCCCCAGCUCAGCGAAGAUGAAGUAGCAGGGUUGCAGUGUAUGAAGCGGAUCCUGGGGAAGGUUCAGGAGAUGAGAGAACAGAGAGGAUCUUUAGAGAAACAGCUCCGCGAUCUCAUCCAGCAGGACGACAUCACCUCCAUCCUCGUCACCACAGACAGGGCCGAAAUGAAGCGUAUCUUUGAGGAGCAGCUGAAGAAGUACGAGCAGGUGAAGGUGUACAUAGACCAGAACCUGGCAGCUCAGGAGAACAUCCUGAAGGCCCUGACCGAGGCCAACGUCCAGUACGCAUCGGUUCGUAAAGGUCUGAGCCAGACCGAGCAGCAGUGGAACGGCACCGUCCAGGGACUGGUGGGGUCAUACGAAGCCUACGAGGACCUGAUGAAGAAGUCUCAGGAGGGGAAGGAGUUCUACGAUGACCUGGAGGCCAAAGCGUCACAUCUGCUGGAAAGAUCGAAGACCCUCUGCCAGACCAGGGCAGAGGGGAGGAAGCCCAUUCUGGAAAAAGACGCCCAGAAAAAGCCUCCAGCAAGACCGACAGCAGCUAAACCCUCCUUGAAGCCAAAGGCAGCAGAUGUCGACUCUGCCAACUCCAGCAUGGAGGAUCCAGAGCUGGCCCAGCUUAGCGCAGCCAUCUUAGCCCUGGGUGGCGACCUACCAGACGAGCUUCGCAGCCUCCCACCUGACAUUCCUUCCCACCCCACCGCUGCAGCUCGUCUGCCUGGCCCUGAAGCCUUCCUGCCCCCUGGUGCUAACCUGGGCGGCAGUGGUUCUCUGCCUUGGCAUGGUGCUCCAGCUGCUGGUCUUCAUCGCUUCCCCGCCAACCUGCCACCUCCAGAACUCCUGGCGAGGAUUGCUCAGUUUCCUACUUCUGGGGGUAUAGGACCACAGGGUCAUAUUCCACGUGGACCCCACCCUCAGAUGGCUCCACAAAUGCCUCCACAAAUGCCACCCCAUUCAGGCUACAGGCCACACACCCCACAACCUGGCCCUGUUGCCCCUGCACCAGUCCGGCCCUCUACCACCACUGUAGACAGCAUCCAGGCCCCGAUCCCCAGCUACGCCUCUACACCACACCACCAAGUCCAACCAGCAGCCUCAACUGGCUACAAUGUACCGCCACAGAUGGGGGGCUACCCCCAGUUUAUUCCCCAACCAGGGAUGCCCAUGCAAGGCCCAGGCCAACCUCCUGCCCCCCAACCGCAGCAACAGAAGCAGCCACAGCAGUAUGCACAGCCCCCAUUGCCUCAUGGGUACCAGCCUGGUCCCAGGGCUAUUCCUGGCCCUCACCCUCCUCUCCCGAACCAGCAAGCAUACCCUCAUGGAUAUAUGCCCCCGCAGCCCGGUGUUCCUCCCCAGUACCAGCAGGCUUUCCCAGGUCAGCUGCAUCCACAUCAACAAAAUGGCUAUCAGCCCCGGCCUCAGAUACCCCAAGGCUACCAGACUCCACAGGGCUAUGUACCCCAGCAGCACCCUCAGAUGAUGCCAGGCUCCAUGCCAAGACCACCUCAAACUGCACAUCCACAAAUACCCACACCUUCCCAUCAAGCACCCCCUUCAUCUCAACCCUACCUGCCCCAUCCCGGCCAACAGAUGCCCCCUGGUGUCCCUCACCAACACAUGUUACCCCAACAGCAACAAAUGUCAAUGCCCCACAAUACCCAACAGAUUCCACCCCAUCCACAGAUGCAGAUACCAGGUGGACCCAGAGCACAGAUGCCCCCCACAAGUCAGCCAAUGCCCCCAGUCUCACAGAAUUAUAUCCCCCCUACGAGCCAGCCCAUUCACCCCAACAUGCGCCCACAGAUGCCUCCUGCCUCACAACCUCAUGUGGUUCCUGGUCCUCAGGUCCACCUGCCAAGGGGGCCUAUGCCUCAAAUGCCCACCAGUACACUACCCCCACAGCAUCACCCCCACCCCCACCCCCACCCUGGACAACCUCCUAUACCAAACAUGCCCCAGCAUCCCAUACGGAUGCCCGGACAACCCCAGGUGCAGCCCCCUUACCCUGGGGGAGUAUGCUACCCUGGAGGGGCUCCGAUGAUGCCUCAGCAGCCCCUGGCACCACAGCCUGCGGCUCCCCAACAACCUCAGGCUCCUCUUCCCAUGACCCAUCCACAGCCUUCUCCUAUGUACCCCUCAGCUCCAGGAGCUAAUGUACCCCCAAGUGCCCCACAGCAACCCACUGCCAUGGGCCCACAUGGUCCACACGUUCCCCCGUCUCCUCACAUGAUCCAACCCUCUCCUGGAGGUCCUUCAGCAGCUCAACCACCUGUCCCUCCUUCCCCUUCGCCUUCCCCCUCACCAUCCCCCUCCCCAGGCCCUACUUCUUUGGGUUUGAACCCCCAGCAGAGACCCACACCGACCCCGACCCCUGGAAGCACAGUUCCACCAACCCUUCCCUCUCCCUCUGCCGUCUCUCCCUCCACGUCACUGUUCCAGCGCCAGAACUCAAGCACAGACGACCUCCUCUCCUCUAGUCCAGAAAGCCAAACUGGAGGUACGAAAGCCCCCACCAAUGUCCUCCAACCCACCAAAGCUGACCCACAGGACGGGGAGCGCCGAAAGAAGAGCUCCCAGGGUCUUCUCCUGAUUCAGGGUGACCCUUACCAAGCUCCGGAACGCGUCGCCCAUCUUUACGGUGAACUGGAACGCUACAGAUCCCAAGUGGAAUCCCUCGAGCACCCUUCAGAGAGCGAGGGCGGCCUGUCGGUGCUGGACGCCCGCUGGAAAGAGCUCCAGGACCAGCAGGAGAAGGACGCCCGGCAGUUGUCCAUCGCCAUCGCCCGCUGCUACACCAUGAAAAACCGCCACCAGGACGUCAUGCCCUAUGACCUCAACCGCGUGGUGCUGCAGUCGGGCAAAGAUGACUACAUCAACGCUAGCUACGUGGAAGACCUGUCACCGUACUGCCCUCGCCUUAUCGCCACGCAGGCUCCACUCACCGGCACAGCGGCGGACUUCUGGCUGAUGGUGUACGAGCAGAAGGUGUCACUGAUAGUCAUGCUGGUUUCAGAGCAGGAGCUGGAUAAGGGAAAGGUUCUGCGCUACUUCCCGACGGAGCGCGGCCAGCAGGUCUCUCAGGGACCAAUCACGCUCAGCCUAACCACGCAGAAGACAACACCGACACACGUGGAGCGCAUGAUCAGCCUGCAGUACCGAGACCAAAGCCUGAAGCGCACCGUCGUCCACCUCCAGUUCACCUCCUGGCCAGAGCUGGGGCUUCCUGACAGCAAGAGCAACCUGCUGCGGUUCAUCCAGGAGGUUCAUGGACACUACCUCCACCAGAGGCCCUUACACACACCUAUUGUGGUUCACUGCAGCUCGGGUGUCGGACGCACCGGCGUCUUCUGUCUGCUGUACGCAGCGCUGCAGGAGCUGGAGGCAGGAAACGGGAUACCGAACCUUCCUCUGCUGGUGAAGAAGAUGAGACAACAGAGGAAGAACAUGCUGCAGGAGAAGCUCCACCUGAAGUUCUGCUAUGAAGCCGUGUUGAAACACGCUGAGCAGGUCCUGCAGAGACACGGCAUCACUACCGCCACCUGCAGCAAGAACACCAACACUGCAGCCACCAAGCCUUACGCCAGACAGGAGUCCCAGCAGGAUCUCGUCCUCGGCGGCGACAUGCCCAUCAGCUCCAUCCAAGCCACAAUCGCCAAGCUCAGCAUCCGGCCGCCCAGCGCCACAGACCCCGCCAUGGAGGCCGGCGCCCCCUACGCCCUGGAGGAGCAGCCUGUCGCCAUCUUACCUGACUUAGACUCCCUGACUGGCGUCCAGCCCCUCCAGGACUUCUGCCCUCCCACAGAUCCUCACCCCCCCUCCUCCAGCCCACCUGUCUCCUCCCCUACACACUCACCACCGCCUCCUAAUGGCCUGGACGCCACCGCCACCUCCCCCUCGCCACCCGCAGCCAACCACCAACCGGUCCCAGAAGCUGCGCCCAGCGUGAGCCCGCCUCCCGCUUCCUCCGCUCCAGCUCCUUCAUCCCUGGAGCUGCUGGCCUCGCUGACGCCCGAGGCCUUCUCCAUGGAGGGCGGAGGCAAAGGGAAGCAUCGGGUGACCAAGCAGAGCUUCCUGCAGCCGGCGGAGGGUCAGGGGAUCCACGGGACACGAGCGGGGGAAGAAGGCGACGACCCGCUCAGUAGCCUGGACCCCCUCUGGAGCCUCAACAAGCACUAAGACAAGACCACAGAUCGCUGCCUUUCUCUCUUCACCACCAGGCGUCAGUGGAAGCCUGGAUCUCUCUCUCUCUAAUCCUGCUUUGAAGAUUUAAAAAACAAAACACAAGCUGAAUCCCAGGAGACUUUGUAGUAGUGUUGAUUACCAAGACGUGCCUGGUGGCAGACGGUAGGCAGGAGGGAGGGAGGGGGUUCAGUUUUUUGACGUUGGGUGUUAUUUCCACUGCUUUAUAGAGGGGAGGGGGGGGUGUGAUCUCUAAAAAACAAACACACCCACUCGCUUCUCCUUCCAUCACCGUUGGCUUGUGCGACCAGAUCACUAUGCACUCGUCUGUAUCUGUUCAUUCCUUUCCGUCGUUCUCUGUUGCUGCUUUUCUUUCGACGUCUGCGAUGGAUGGAUGGAUGGAAUCUGUUCUGCACUUCUAGCAUCAGAUCUGGCCCCUCACCCCUCCUCCUCCCCCCCCCCCCCCCCCCUAAAAAAAACCCCAGAAAAAGUACUCCCAGCAUGCACUCCACUAUCAUAGCACCUUUUUCACAGGAGGAGGUCGACGGUGUUUGGCUGGUAUGUGAUGGUUUUUACAGACUGGAAUAAUGGAUGCAUGGAGCAGGUGGAAGGAGCUUGGGUGCCGCCCUCUCCCCCUCCCCCCCCAACUCAAUCAGUGUGUAGCUCAGUCGUUAUGGUAACACAGAGCAGCAAACAAAUCAGCACGUCUUAACAAGUUGAUUAUUUUCUUUCUUUCUUUGUCUGUUUAACACUGUAAAUAUCUUAAAUAAAAAGUUAGACUAUUGGGACGGUCACUAAUCAUCCAUUAUUGUAAAAACGUCAAAUAAAUACA